UGCUCACUGCUUUUGAGGUUUAUCUUUUCUCUGUUGGCAGCUAUUUAUGAUUAAUUCUCUUUUCGUUUUAUUUAUUUUCUAUUUAGUGGUUCGCUGCCUUGGUUUUAUUGUUCUUUUUGUUUGCGGUGCCUGUCAUGGCCCACCGUCUGUGAACUCGUCCUGCUCGCGUUGGAACAGAAGGAGCGUUGUGAUUGGCUGAGAGGACGUUGGGGUAGUGUGACGUAGGUCGUAAACAAGGAAGUGGAACGUGAACCCGCUCGCCAACACAUUUCAGCGUGCGCCUCAACUUUGAUGAACACAUAGCGGAGACACUCACCAAGUGGUUGCGUGGCCGUGAACGGUGACGCGAGCAUGUCAUCCGGGUUCCCCACGCCCGUUUACUCCCACGCGGGACGGGGAGACUUCCGCGAUGUUUACGAGCCGGCGGAAGACUCCUUCCUCUUGAUCGACGCCCUGGAGAAGGAUGCAGAGCUGCUGCAGCACAUGAGCCCACACGUGUGUCUGGAGGUGGGCAGCGGCUCUGGAGUGGUGUCCGCUUUCCUGGCGUCGGUGGUCGGACCUUCCACUCUCUAUCUUUGCACCGACGUGAAUCCUGCAGCUGCGCGGUGCACAGCAGCGACGGCGUCCUGCAACAAGGUGUCACUGCAGCCCAUCCUCACAUCCUUGGCACAGGGUCUUCUGCCCCGCUUAGGUGGGGAAGUGGACGUCCUCCUCUUCAACCCUCCCUAUGUGGUCACGCCUUCGUGGGAGGUCGGCAGCACCGGCAUCGAGGCCGCUUGGGCCGGCGGGAAGCGAGGUCGAGAGGUCACCGACAGACUCCUGCCCGUGGUGGCGCAGCUGCUCUCCAGCAACGGGUUAUUCUACCUCAUUACCAUCGCGGAGAAUGAGCCAGAGGAGAUCAUCCGCCUCCUGGGCAAACACGGCUUGAAGGGGGAGACGCGCAUGUCGACGAGAGCUGGCAACGAGAGGCUGUCCGUCCUGCGCUUCAACAGGAGCUGACCUCGCAUCCCCUGAAAUGACAAAGGAAGGUUCCUCUGAAGAACAAACACUUAUUGUGCAAGGACUUUGGUGAAUUAGAAAAAUAAAAAAAUGCCUCAUCGUUC